AUGUACAUGAAUAUUGCUUUUAUCGUGAGUUUGAUAAAUGUUGUUAUUUGUGAACACACUGAAGCUGAAGAUGACAUUCCUGUAAAUGUGCAUCGUCCAAGGCAAUUGUCUUCCUACGCAUAUAACCAUCCACCAUUUUACGAUGUCCCCAAUUCUCAUAAUAUUAAAGUGAGGCAGAGCAAGUGGACAGCAGAAAAUAUGGGCAAUACUGCAGCAGAGGAUAAAGACAAAAAUCUUCAAAUACCAGUCACUGUUAUUUAUGAUAACGUUACAAAUGAUAAUGUGAAAUCACAUCCGACAGAAAACAAAAACAAGAAGCGUAAACUACGACGACGACCAGGAGCGGACAAGAAACAGCCUGUUUCUUUAGCACAAGGAGAACGCAUGGAAAUUGUGAAAGAAGUGAUCAUUGGUACUACAUCUAAGCCGACCACCAUUCGGGCCACGAUACCACCUAACAGUGACGUCACAAUCUUUCCGAAAAGGCCCAUCGAAGAUAGCAGAAGAUAUGCGCUACAGAAACAGUCAAGGUCUCGUCCACCAGUCGUUAAAAUUCUAGAAGAGAAGAACUUUGUGUAUGCGCAUAAUGGGAACUUUCAUUAUAGUUACGAUUCAGCUGACGGUACGAAAGUCUCCAGCAGAGGAGAACUGUUGAAAAAUGAUAAAAAUGAAGGCACAGGGGAAGCUGUAGUAGGAAGUGUUUCAUACAAGGAUGACGAUGGACAUGAUUUUAACCUAUCUUAUACUGCUGAUGAAAACGGUUACCGCCCAGUAGGAGAUCAUCUGCCCACCCCACCACCCAUUCCGCCCGCAAUCGCCCGCGCCCUAAAAUAUCUGGCUACCAAGACGCCUGAAGAAACAACUGGCAAGCCAGGGAAAGGAAAUGAUUACAAUUAA